ACACCGUUUGAUAUAUUUAAAUAUUUAUCAAAAACUACUUUAGACUCAAUUUGUGGGUCAACAAUGGGUGUAAAUAUAAACUCGCAUGAGGAUGGCGGAUCUUCUUACUUUCAUGCUAUACACAGGGCGAUGUAUCUUAUAAUAGCUAAAUUUAUGAAUCCAAUCAAAUUUGUUAGUAUAUAUUACCGAUUUACACAAGAUUAUAAAAUGGUAUCAAAAAGUAGUGAUGCCACUCAGGAAUUUACUAAGCAAAUUAUUUCUGAAAAAAGAAAUUUGAUGGCAACCUUUAUAAAUAAUAAUCAACUAAUUAACAUUAAAGCAAUCAACCGUAAUGUAUACAAAAAACCAUUUUUAGAUUAUUUAAUGGAUUUUACAAAAAAUAAUUCCAAUUUUACGGAAGAACAAUUACGUAAUGAAACCAAUCUUAUCAUUUUGGCGGGUUAUGAUACAACAGCACUUUCUCUUAGCUAUGUUUUAUUACAUUUGGCUUUAUAUAAAGACAUUCAAACAAAAUUAUAUAAUGAAAUAUUGGAAGUUGUUGGUGACAUAAAUGUAGACUCAAUCAAUGUUGACGAUUUACCAGAGCUCAAAUAUAUGGAUAUGGUUCUUAAGGAAUCAUUGAGAUUAACUCCAACGAUUCCAGUAAUUGCAAGAGAAGCAUCCCAAGAUAUUAAAAUUGGCAAUUAUACAAUUCCAAAAGGAGCAAAUAUAGUAAUUCCAACAUUUACUAUCCAUCGAAAUCCUGAGUAUUGGAAAAAUCCAUUAAAAUUUGAUCCAGAAAGAUUCACACCAGAAAAUAUAAAAAAUCGUCACCCAUACGCGUACAUUCCAUUCAGUGCUGGUCCUAGAAAUUGUAUUGGUAAACGAUAUGCAUGGAUCUUUAUGAAAACAACAUUGGUUGCAUUAUUAAGUCGGUAUGAAUUUCACACCGAUAUAAAUUCAAACACUUUACGUUUUAAAAUAGGAGUAUCAUUGAAUUUAAUUAAUGGACACAAAGUACGAAUCACUCCACGAUAUAAAUUAUAA